AUGAAUUCUGACAAGUCCUCAUCAACAGAUUCAAGUCUUUGUCGCCAGCAUGAAUCGCUCGAAUCACCGUCAUCUCUUAACUCGGACGAGAAAAAGCCCUGUGAAGAGGUCUCGCUACCUCCAAUAGAUGGUGGCUAUCAGGCUUGGAUGUUUUUGGCAGCGUCUACAAUGAUCGAGGCUCUUGUGUGGGGAUUUGCCUUUUCAUUCGGAGUCUUUGAAAACUAUUAUCGAAAUAAUGAUCAGAUUAAAGGGUCGAGCAUGGUAGCUGUCAUUGGAACAUGUGCUACAGGCGUCGCAUAUUUGAGCUGUCCAGUGGUCAUAGUUACCAUGAUUCUACUGCCUCGAUAUGCUAGAUGGGUCUCAACAGUAGGCCUAAGUCUUAUGUGUCUAUCACUAGCAAUGGCAUCGUUCGCCACAAGCGUCACAACUCUCGUUCUAUCUCAAGGCAUCGGGUUCGGCAUCGGUGGCUGCAUAGCAUAUAGCCCAUCAAUCAUGUUCAUGUCAGAGUGGUUUGACAAACGCAGGGGACUGGCUUUUGGAAUGGUGUGGGCUGGAUCCGGUAUAUCAGGAGUUCUCUUCCCUUUGAUUCUAGGGGAAAUUCCUAGAUCGCCUUGGGUAUCAGACAACUUUGAGAAUAUGCUCAGUGCUGCUCUUUCUCACCAUCGACUCAACGCCAAGUUCUUGCUUAACCCGGUGUUUAUUGUCUACCAGUCUUCAAACAUUCUUGAAGCACUCGGCUUUUUCAUCCCUGCUAUUUACCUCCCAACUUUUGCCCGGUAUAUAGGCGCUUCUGAGCUGGUCGCAUCACUUACAGUGACUGCCCUGAAUCUCGCCUCGGUGUUUGGCAGUAUAUCAAUGGGCCAUUUAUCAGAUCGUUGCCAUGUCUGGAUUUGCAUCACAAUUUCGUCAAUUGGUACCGCUGUGUCCGUUUUUCUACUAUGGGGACUAGCCACAAAUGUCGCCGUUUUGAUGCUGUUUGCCGUCGCCUAUGGUCUCUUUGCAGGAAGUUACUCGGCAACAUGGUCAGGAACCAUACGCGCUGUUCAAAAGGUAGACUCCGAUGCGGACGCGACUAUCAUAUUCUCGGUAAUUGCAUUUGGUCGAGGAAUUGGGAAUGUCGUGAGUGGCCCGUUCAGUGAAUUUCUGUUUCGAGCAGAUCCUUGGAAAGGAGUUGCGGGGGAGGCAUAUGGCACUGGCUUUGGACUCAUGAUAGUCUGUACUGGACUUACUGUUGCAACAAGUGGGAUGUGCUUAUUAGCUCGUCUCUUCAAGCAUUUAUAA